GCAUUCGCACCUUGGUCACACUGUUGGCUGCAUUUUCUUUAACAUCGUGAAAAAAUCGGCGCGCCAUUUCUGUCCACCUUUUGCGUCUGGCUCGCUCUGUUUUUGCAAACUAAGCAAAUUCGUGAUUGUUUAUUUGUAUUUGACAGAGCCCGGCCCUCCCCCAUUACCUGGAAAGGCUCCGCCGCCCCCAUAUUGACCAACGUGGUGAAAUCGAAGCAUUGCUCAUUGCGAUAGCUUGCACUUUGAAGGACAAAGGGGAUUUACCAAGUAUAUGUGAGAUAUCUGACAAUCGGCACUGAGCAACAUGUUUGGCGGCUCUAAACCCGGCUUCGGAGCCACCCCGUCGGCCACAAGCUUUGGAGGCUUCAGCGGCACCACUGCGGCCGCUCCGUUUGGCCAGUCUGCGUUUGGUAAACCGGCGGCUCCGGCCUUCGGGAACACCUCCACUUUUGCCGCACAACCAACGCAGCAGUCGCUCUUUGGAGCAGCAGCCACGCCAGCGCAGCCAGCUGGGGGAUUAUUCGGCGCCAACACAUCCACUGGAUUCGGGAGCACCGCAACAGCGCAGCCCACGGCAUUUGGAGCCUUCUCGCAACCGCAGCAAACUUCAAACAUUUUUGGAUCUACCCAGACGGCUGCUAGCACCUCGCUGUUUGGCCAAUCAACGUUGCCCGCCUUUGGAGCAGCCAAACCGACAAUGACGGCCUUUGGACAGACAGCUGCUGCCCAGCCAACUGGCUCUUUGUUUGGCCAGCCCGCUGCCGCUACUAGCACAACAGGAUUCGGAUCCUUUGGAAACACUGCGCCCACCACUACCAGUGUGUUUGGGAGCGGCACCGCAUCGGCUUUUGCCCAACCGCAGGCCACAGCUGUGGGUGCGGCUGGAGUCAAUACGGGCACCGCCGUAGUCAAGUAUCAACCCACACUCGGAACCGAUACCCUUAUGAAGAGUGGUCAGCCCAAUAGUGUGAGCACCAAGCAGCACUGCAUCACGGCCAUGAAAGAGUAUGAGGGCAAGUCGCUGGAGGAGCUACGCCUUGAAGACUAUGUGUGCGGGCGCAAGGGUCCGCAGGCGGGCAGUGCUCCGGGGGCCUUUGGAUUCGGAGCUCAGGUGGCCCAGCCCGCUCAACCGGCAGCCAGUGGAUUGUUUGGCAGCACGACGCAGCCGAGUACGGGGCUUUUCGGUCAGACGGUGACCGAUAACAAGAGCAUGUUUGGCAGCACUGCCUUUGGGCAGCAGCCGACGGCUAACAGCGCCUUCGGAGCACCUGCCCAGCAAAACAACUUUAUGCAAAAGCCUUUUGGAGCAACAACCGCCACGCCAUUCGCUGCCCCGCCAGCGGAUGCAUCCAAUCCAUUCGGCGCGAAGCCAGCCUUCGGACAGGGAGGAAGCCUGUUCGGACAGGCUCCUGCGACCAGUGCCGCUCCUGCCUUCGGGCAGACCAACACUGGAUUCGGAGGUUUUGGAUCCACAGCGGGCACUACCUCGCAGAAUACUCUAUUUGGAGCCGCACCAGCCGCCGAUCCAAAUAAGUCGGCCUUUGGACUGGGUACUGCUGCACCGGCAGCCACGCCUGGAUUCGGAUUUGGAUCUCCGGCCACAAGCACCGCAGGCGGAGGACUCUUCGGAAGCAAGCCCGCUACGAGCUUUGCUGCUCCUGCUUUCGGAGCCACCUCUACGGCUAGCACCCCAUUCUCAGGCUUUGGUAUGAAUACCAGCACAGCAACCACGGGCGGAGGACUCUUCAACUCGGGAAUGAACAAGCCAGCAACUUCGGGAUUCGGUGGGUUUGGAGCCACCACUGCAGCACCCCUUAAUUUCAACGCAGGCAACACGGCCGGAUCGCUUUUCGGAAGUGCGCAAAAGCCAGGAGGAAGUCUUUUUGGAGGAGGAACCACUACUUUGGGUGGCACGGGAGCUGCCCCAACCGGAGGACUUUUUGGAGGCAAUACCGGUUUUGGAGGAGUCGGCAGCUCUUUAGGCGGUGGAUUUGGAAAUGUGGGGACAAAUAAUUCGUUAACCGGAGGACUAAUGGGCGCCCAGCCCACUAUGGGUAUUAUGACAUCCUCGCACCAGCCCAUACAUCAGCAGAUUCUGGCCAGAGUUACUUCACCUUAUGGCGACUCUCCCAUUUUCAAGGAUCUGAGGCACAGCGACGAGACAGGUGCAACCAGGGCUACAAAUCCGGCUGCUCAGCAGGCCGUUUUGGACAUGAGCAGCAACCAGUAUAAGAUUGCCACCAAGAACAGUCCGGCGCAAGUGAAGGUGAAGGCCCUGGGCAGCACUCUGAAUAGAAAAUCCCUUUUCGAUGGCCUCGAAGAAUUCGAUGCGACUGUAGAGGGUUUUAAUCUAAAGCCCAAUGCCAAGCGUUUGGUUAUCAAGCCCAAAGCAAAGAACGUGGAGAGCGGAAACCCAUCUAACUCGAUCGGCAGUGGUCCUAGCACACCCCAGUCUCGCCCCAAAGUGGCAACUCCGAGCAAAGAACGCGAAUCUUUCAGCGGAGCCAUUCCUAGUGAGCCACUGCCACCAGCAGGAAACUCCCCUGGAGCGCCAAAUGGUCGGGAUAGCCGCGACAGUCAGGAUAUUAGUCGUCGGGAGUCAUGGCUGCAUCCAAACAACCUGGAGAAGGUCCGCCAGCAUAACAUUCAGACUGGAAUGGACCAGGGAUCGCCCCACAACAGCACCCUCAACGAGCUGGUGCCGCGCAAGGCGCUGGAUACAUACCGACCGUCAUCCACCGUUCGCCUCUCGGUAUCUACCAUCCCAGAAAACCCGUUCGAGGAUCAGGCUAGUACCAUUGCCCGACGUGAGACUUUCACCUCGGAGCAGGCCAACGAAAGUGUGCUCUCGAGCAGGUCUCAUGAGGCGGAAGACACGGCCAACCGCUCCCGCCUGGCCAUUGAGGCGGCCGCUGCUGAGGCGGCAGACUACGAGGCUCAUCCCACAGGCAUUGUGUUGCGUCGCAUGGGUUAUUAUACAAUUCCAUCGUUGGACGACCUGCGAUCUUAUCUUGCCGAAGACGGAUCCUGUGUGGUUCCAAACUUCACUGUGGGUCGAGAGGGCUACGGCAAUGUUUUCUUCGGUAAAGAGAUGGAUGUAGCUGGUUUGAACCUGGAUGAGAUCGUUCACUUUCGCAACAAGGAGAUCAUCAUUUAUCCCGACGACGACAAUAAGCCGUCCAUCGGUCAUGGCCUGAACCGAGACGCGCAGGUCACUUUGGACCAGGUGUGGCCUCUGGACAAGACUAAGCACGAGGCCAUCAAGGAGCCGCAACGCCUGCUCGAAAUGGACUGGGAGGGCAAACUGCGUCGGGUGUGUGACAAGAACGAUACGCGCUUUAUUGAGUACCGCCCGGAAACAGGCAGCUGGGUCUUCCGCGUCAAGCACUUCUCCAAAUACGGACUCGGCGACAGUGACGAGGAGGACGAGGUGCCCACCGACCCCAAGAAAGCAAAAAUGGCUGCUCUUGAAGCUCAGCAGCGGGCAACCGCUGAAAAGAUGACACUUAACUCGCUUCGCCAGGCGCAGAAGAUUUCAGAGGAGGCCGCCCGUAACCUGGAUCCUAAGGCCUUGGUCGCUGGAGUGGCCAGCGGAUUCCGGCCAAUGGAUGACACCGCCGAGUUCCUGUUAAUGGACAAAACGCAAUUUUUCCAAGCCGGAGCUAACUCGGAUUUCUCCAUGUUUGAUGUGCCGCGCAAUCGGCCAUCUAUCACCAGCCCCACGGCUGCCCUGGCCCAGGAUAUGGUUGGUAAUGAGCCGCAUAAAAUGCAGCUGAUGAAGUCGUCCUUUUUUGUGGAGGACAAUGCCAGCGAGGAUGAGCCCAUGGAACCGACUGGACGGCUUCUUCGCCAUCGUAAUUUCUUCAAUGUGGAGUCCAAUACUUGGAAAGAUGGAGCCUCCGAGAGUUCCAGUCAAUACGAUUUUGGACACCCAUCGCCUGCACUGCCAGUCUCAUCCUCUGUCUCUGAAGCCAGCCUGUUGUGCGAUGCAAACUACGACGGGACCUCGUCGAUGGCCACUGGCAGCAUCGUGGCACCUGUAAAGGAUAAAAAGACGGAGUCGGCUGUCGUUAAAGCUUUCAAGUUUGUGUGCAAACCGAAAGUCGCUCCGGUUAAGGUCCACGCUACCACGGUGCCCUUGCCCCGAUCCAUUGCUCAUGAAACGCGUCAUAAGUGGAUCGCCGAUCUCGGAUUUUACAAGGGACGCAGCUUCAAGCUGAGCUUUGGCCCGCAAAACUCCUUGGUGUUACCCAACACAUACAACAACAUGCGCAACCUCAAAGAAUUUACUGGACCAUUCCUGCCUGCCUCUAUGGUUUUUGUGCCACGUUUGUCCAGCGAUAUGUCACCCAAUGUAAUGCAAUUGGUGCAGUUUAACAUGGUCAAAGGAAACGAGGGCGUUUGCGAGAGCAUCGUUCCCCAUUUACAGGUUCAGCUGAGCGACUGCCUCUCCGUGGAGGUGGAGGGCAGUGAGUGCCCAUGGAUACAUCCCGACAGUGGAACAAAACUGGUUUCAAAGCACUUUUCCGAGUCGCUGAAGCAGAGGAACGCUGGCUUGAAAGAGGAGUAUGCCGUGUCCGUGUGGUCGCUUUUGUUCGCACUUUGGGGCGAUCACGAUGAGCUAGUGGACCUGGAAAAGAACUCUCACUACAUGGUCAUGUGCCGGCGCAAUCUUUUAUCCGAGUGGCUUGAGAACACGCUGAUGGGUAAGGAUCUGCUCUCGAAGAAGGUAAGCAGUCACACCUAUUUGGAUCACAUGUUGGAGUUGCUGAGCUGCCACCGGGUAAAUGAGGCUUGUGAGUUGGCUAUUAACUAUGACGACGCCAACUUGGCUCUCGUGCUAGCCCAACUGAGUUCAGGAGCUGUCUUCCGGUUGCUGAUGGAAGAGCAGCUUUAUGCUUGGCAGCAGAGCAAGUCGGACAAGUACAUCGACUUGGAGCGCCUUAAGAUGUACAUGCUUGCCGCCGGAGUGCCCAUGAUGCAGUCUUCCCAGGGGGCCAUAAAUUUGCUGGAGGACAACAACUGGCUGACUGUGCUGGCCAUGCAACUGUGGUACUUUACAGCCCCAACCUCUACCAUUACGGAUGCCCUUAUUGCUUAUAACAAGGCUUUCCAAGCGGAGGAGUGCUAUGCAGAGCCACCGAAGCCCAUCUAUAAGGACGCACCCACUGAAACUAAGAAACCCGUGUACGACCUCCGCUACCACUUACUCCAGCUUUACUCGAAGCGAACGCACUCCCUAGAAGAGACGCUCAAUCCGAUAACACACACUGCCGAUCCAAUGGACUUCCGCCUAAGUUGGUUGCUAUUACAAACUUUGCGAGCUCUUGGCUAUCGGCACUGUUCGCCUUUGACGGAGGCGCGUCUCUCGGUUGAUUUCGCUAGCCAGCUGGAGAACGAAGGACUAUGGCAUUGGAGCAUCUUUGUGCUGCUGCACAUCAAACGGCGGCCACAAAGGGAACGAGCAGUUCAGCAGUUGCUGCAGCGGAACGUGAGUGUAUCCGCAAAGGUGCCACUGAAUGCGGAAGAGCGCUUUGUCGUCGAGGAGUUGGGUAUUCCGAUGUCAUGGGUGGACUAUGCGAAGGCAGUCAAGGCCGGUGCCUCAGGAAAGCGGCACCUUCAAGCUAAAUACUUGUUAAAAGCUAAACAUUUCGGACCGGCGCACGAGAUUAUAUUCCAAUAUAUUGCACCCGAUGCCAUCAUAAACGGAAAAAUGGAUUAUCUCCACAGUCUGCUUAUCCAGUUCGAGGACACCGAGGGCAGCAGCAUCCGAGUGCCCAACUGGGCCAAUCAGGGCCAGAUUUUCCUGGACUUUAUCGACAUUAGUGCCAAAUUCAAGCAGAUCCGUAAUGUGACCAACAUUGCGGAUAUCAAUGCCCGCUGGGAGAACUUGAAGCCGCAACUGAGCGAACUCUGCUCGCGCAUAAGCCUGCUUCCGUGUCCCACCUCCAAGCACCGGCUCUGCCAGAGCGAGAUCUCGCAGAGUCUCAGCUGUCUGGUGCACGGCAUGUGCAUUGUCUGCCCCGAGAUGGAGCCAUCAUCUGUGCUGAAAGUGGCGCUGGAGCGUCUUCCACUGCCGCAGGAGUUUUCCUCGAAGGAGCUGCGCAUUUUGUUGGAGGAACUGCUGGACAAGAUCGAGAACGAGCCACCAUUUAGCGAGCAGCAGCAACAGGUCACCAUGAUGGAGACAUAGGAGCAGAAAAUACAAAAAGCUUGAAGAUACAAUGUCUAGUUUAGGUUCGAAUUAACUUAGGUAUAAUCAAUUGAUUAGCAUCUCCCUCGCACACGAAAGAAAGCCAGCUGUAGGAUAGGUUCGAAAACGGCAUUAUGUAUUAAUGAUUGCUAUAUAGUUUAGAAAUGUUUCGUCAUAAAAAACCAUACCAGAAGAAUAAUAGAUUUUUGUUGAUUUAUUUUUUUUGAUUCCAGUUUGAUCGCUCUCGGUCGAAUUUCAUAAAUUUAGUAUUAAAAUAAAUAAAUAAACUCUGUUUUUAACAACGAUAAA